AUGAGUAACUCUACUUUCACCCUACACCCAUCGAAGACGGCUAUGGAUACCAGAAAUGAUCUCGAAGUGCAUCAAACCAAUGGCGAAGAGGAGCGAGAAAGUGGCACGUCUACCAUGUCUACCAUACAAAUUGCAGUGAACGAUGCCUUAUCCCCGUCUGAAACAGUUAUGGACAAGAGAAGCGAUCUGGAAGCGCAUCGAAAUAUUGGCAAAGGCAAACAAGCAGGCACAAGCCCUUUACACAACUUUCCUUCUACCAUACAAGAACGAUCGAAUCAUCUUUCCAACCAUCAAUGGCGAGCUGACACCAAUGGAAAUAAAGAUACAAGGAGCCACGAUUAUAAUAGCUACGUGGGACGCCCUCUUAUGUUUAUACACCAUGAAUCGGAGGAAGAAGUUCCGGAACAAGAAGUGCAAGUUCAGCUACCAGACCAUUCUACGCCUACAUUUGCAACAAAUUACCCAGUGGAUAACAACCUUAGAACCCAAUACCGACAUGUGUCCGACAACGAUAAACGUGUCGUGGAAACAGAAUCAUCAAAAAAUAAUCGGUGUGUCGUUCGGAGCUUCAAUUACGGCUCCUCAGUCAAAGAAAAGGAAAACCAUGAUUCAAUCUCGACAGGAAAUCGACAACCACCUUUUCCCUCGGGAUCGGGAUGGGAACAUAUUUCCGAGUCUGGAGAAAUGGAAAGUUGGGAACUGUGCGGAAGUAAAUCCAUGGUUUCAUCUAGCCCAAUUGAGACCCGAUCUUCCAAUCAGAACUCGUACGAUCUCGGUCCUGAGCAGAACGGUGAAACACCCUUGCAAAAAUUGCCUGAAGUGCCACGUCAGCUUCUUGACUUGUUGAAGGAUGAUCGCUUUGGGUUCCAUGAAAUUACGAGUGAAGAUUCGUUAGACGAAGUAUGGCAUGCACGCAAUCUUGAGCACUUCUCUAGAAAAUUCGGUAUCACCAAUCCUCGCCCCGUGUUUUUGGACCAUUCCGGCUUUGUUGUAUGGAUGGUAGACGAAAAUGGCGCCAUGUUUGAAUGGAACGAAAUGGAAAAAGAUAUUUUGUACAUGGGACCCGAUCUGGUGACAG